GAAGCGACACACUCUGACUCCGCCCCCAUUAAAACUUAUAUCCAAACGCAAACAUUAUGAACGAUUAAAAAUAAACAGUCUGAAGCUAACGCUAAACGUGGACAUGGAUCUACUGAGGCAUUAAAGCCCAUCCACAGUGAACCGAUCGAUCGUUGGUCAGCGUCAAUGUACUGAAAUGUGUUGUGGGAGAAGUGAGCAUACGGAUACACAGUGAAAAUGUGCAGAAGAGUUUAUUAAUACGCCGGAGAAAAAUCAUGGCAAACAGCGUCACUCAAGAGUACAUGCAGAUCCCAGCCGUCACGCGAGCAUAUACUACUGCAUGCGUCUUGACAACUGCAGCUGUGCAAUUGGAGUUCAUCACACCGUUUCAACUCUAUUUUAACCCUGACUUAAUAUUAAAGAAAUACCAGGUAUGGCGACUGAUCACAAACUUCUUGUUUUUUGGACCUCUUGGAUUCAGCUUCUUGUUCAAUAUGAUUUUUCUAUAUCGUUACUGUCGAAUGCUGGAGGAAGGCUCUUUCCGCGGUCGAACGGCAGAUUUUGUCUAUAUGUUCCUGUUCGGUGGUGUUCUUAUGACUCUCUUUGGUCUAUUUGCCAACCUGUUCUUUUUAGGACAGGCUUUUACUAUAAUGCUGGUUUAUGUCUGGAGUAGAAGGAACCCUUAUGUCCGCAUGAACUUCUUUGGCCUGCUCAACUUCCAGGCCCCAUUUCUUCCCUGGGUGCUCAUGGGAUUCUCGCUGUUACUGGGCAACUCUAUUGUUAUUGAUCUCCUGGGGAUCGGUGUAGGACACAUCUAUUACUUCCUGGAGGAUGUAUUUCCUAACCAGCCCGGAGGCAGAAAGCUUCUUGCCACUCCUGGAAUUUUUCGAGUUUUGUUUGACAUGCCUCAAGAAGAUCCGAAUUACGCCCCUCUUCCGGAAGACCAGAGUGGGAUAUCCCGGAAUGGACAAGGUCCAGAAGAUGCUGGCCAAGGUCAAAAUGAUGAGGAUCUUCAAGGAGAAGAAAACUGAAGGUUUCAAUGUUUCAAAGACAGCAAUAAAUCUUGUCAUACUUUUAAAGUCCUCCUUGUUUUAGUUGGGGAAGUUUAUGUCUGCAUGUCAAGUUCUAACUGUAAUGGAAGACACUCCUUGAUAAAGGGGUCCACUGUGGAUCCAGAAAAGUUGGAGACCAUGGCCACCUUAGUGCCUUUGUGUACAAAAUAAAUAGAUCCAAAUUUUGCAUUCAGUGCCAUGCACAUCACAAACAGUUUUCCUUUGUUAUUUUGUUCUGAAGGAACAAUGCCUUUCUGUUUUACUUCACACCACAUGGUUUGAAACAAUUGCUGUUUUCUCGACAACUUCUCUUUAAUGAAUAUUACAAAGCAGCGGUGGCUGGCAGGAUUGGAGUUGAAAGAAGCCAUUCAAUCUCCCAUACUAUAAUCCAUCAUUUUGGAGUGGGUGUGAACUCAAGAGGGUAUUUUCUUGGGUACAAUACUGUGGCAUAUCUCUUUUCCCACAACACAGUCAGCGGCGAGGCAGGUGGACACAUUCACAAAUGUGCCGACUAUCUGAAAUGCCAAAUUGAACUGCAGACUAUGCAUUUUCAAGCCGUUGGCCUUUUGUUAGCACCAUUGCAAAAAAAGCCAAAAAGCUUUUAUGCACUGAAACUGAAAGAUGGAUUGUCUGGAAGAAUGUGUGCUCCACAAAAAGAUAAAAUUUCCUAAAAACCACAUGGAUGCUUGGGUUUUUCUCUAAAUAUGAAUACAAAUACAUUUGUUUGUCUGAAGGCUGAUGUAUUAAGUUUUCUUUUGUAUUGUAUUUGCCAUGGGAUUGUUUGUUGGAUAUUUCUGCUUUGCAAAUAAAAAUAUGGCUUUUAUUAUACCCAU